GACGCAGCCGGAAGUCAGGCCGUCGGACAGGAAGUACCGGGAGCAGGGCCGCAGGGGCUCUGGGAUGUAGCUGCCAGGGAGCAAGCAGGAGGAUGACGGCGAUGGACGCGGCGGGGCCGGGCAUGGCGGUGACCGAGCACCGAACACCGAUGGAACCAAGCACCCAGCGGACUGAGCACCGAGGGAACCCAGCACCGCGGGGACCGAGUACACCAGGUGCUGUGCCCAUGACGUCAUCCACAGCCUCCAACCAUGUGACCCCAGUCAAAUAUCCCCAGUGAUUGACAGGAGGCGGGACUGCACCAUGGCCACUUCCUGUCUGCACCAGAGACCGCCCACGAUGUCGGGUGCUUCACUGUCAAUCAAGCCAGAAGAGGGCACCAGGCCCCAUUACAGAUGGUUGUGAGCCACCAUGUGGUUGCUGGGAAUUGAACUCAGUACCUUUGGAAAAGCAGGCAAUGCUCUUAACCUCUGAGCCAUCUCUCCAGUCCUCCUGCAUUGAGUUUUCCCAGGUGACCGCCCGGCCCAGCCCACCCCGCGAGGCCCCGCCCUUAGCCGCCAUGUUGCUCCUGCUCUUGGCUGCCCUGACCCUUGCUUCUCUACCCGCGGAGGCGGGACUUCCCUUUGACUCCAAGCUGACGACGUGGCCCCGCCCGGUGACGGAUGGCCCAGCACCAGAAGUCCUGCCCCCUCCCACGCCCUCUGCCCUGAACCUGACCUUCGACCCUGGCACCUGGACGCUGACUUGGCUCUGCUCCCAUGACAUCAUGGUGACGUCAUGCUACGUGAACUAUACCCUGCACGGGAGGCCGAGGAUGCGCAGGAUGCAGAAUACUCUUGGGUGCCGCUGCCAGUUCAGGGCCCUGACCCUGCACCUCGGGGUCACGCUGGGGGUCAACGCCACCACGGGCAACGUCACCAUCCACGAGAGGCUGGACUACAUCUUCCCCGGUCCCCCAGGGUCCGAGGCGGUCAAUGUCUCCUGCGAGAUCCAUGACGCGGCUGCCAUGACGUGUGCCUGGGAGGCAGGGCCUGCUGCACCUCCGGACGCUCGCUACUUCCUGGUCCUGCGCAACACCACGGGCCACGAGCUGCCCGGAUGUCCCAGCGGCCCCGCCCCCUUUGGCUGCCGCAUCAAUGACCUCACAGGGCUGCCCGACCGGCUUCAUGUGACCGUGGCCGGAUCAAGCCAGUCGGGCGGUGCCUUGAGGGCCUAUGACGUCAUCCUGAAUACCAAGGCCAUAGAGCGUCUGUCCCCGCCCCGCAACAUCACUGGAAGCUGCAAUGCCUCCCACUGUGCCAUCUCCUGGGUUCCGCCCCGCACCUGGGCCGCCAUGAGCUUCGCUGACUUCCGCUACGAGCUCGACCUGCGCCGCACAGACACGGACACCACGGUCACCGUCGCCAGCCGCUCCGAAAACCGGUUCGAGUUCCCAAGCCCGGAGCCGCGCGAGGGUCACGUGGUCAGGGUGCGUGUGGGCGACGUGCGCAGCAAGCGGUGGAGUGCGUGGAGUGCGCCAGUGAAGUUCGGCGCUGACCGCCCCGCCGUCCCCCGCCUGCCUGUCUACAUCAUCGCGAUGGCCGUGACCCUGACCUGUGUCCUGGGCCUGGCGCUCGCCUGGAGGAGGUUCAUCUGGCACCGCCUCCUCCCCCACAUCCCUGACAUCCGGGACAAAGUCAGCGACAACGCUUUGGUCAAUCCCCAGACCCUCAGGAAGGACCUGGCCGCAUAAGAAGUUCCGACCCUGGGGACCCGGAACACAGAUGAAGCCCCACCCCUGCCAACCUGGAAGUGAACUGAACCCAGAGAUGUUGACCUGGAAGCGAUUCAUUCUUCCUGGUGUUUUUAUUAAGAAAUAAACCCGAAACUGGCAAUGAUGUCCCUGUUGCAUGUGAAAUCACCUGUCAGUCACCCCUGGGAGGCGGGACUUCCAGCAUCCGCUCACUCUGCUCUGGAUUCCUAGAAAGGAAAAAAGUCCGUAAUGUCAUCAGCACCUCCGCUGUCAAUCACACUGAAGCCCAACCCGUGGGAUGAACCGAUUAACUCCUGGAAGUCCUGCCCUUGCCCCCUCCCAGUCUCUGGGAGAUUGCCAGUCUCCCAGAAGUCCCGCCUCCAGCCUGGUGACCGACUCCCCACAGUCGCCAUGAUCACCAUGACCUGGUUCAGUGCCCACCAUUCUCAGGCCCAGGAUUCCAGGGAACUUCCGGCAGAGGCGGGGCUGCAUGGCUGUCAGUCACUCCACACUUCCGGUGGGGGUGGUGGUGACGUCAUCCCGAGUCAGUGACAUCUGCACAACCCCCUUCUCAGACCCGAGCUCCCCUGGCUAACUCUCAGCAUUCCUUCCGACCCUGGCCCCCCCCUCCCCGAUAAUGACGUCA